AAUGCGCAUGCGCCGAGUGAAAGUGAUCGGACUCUUUAAUUUGUGUCACGCUGUUUGCCGGACGGGCCGAGCUCAGUGGCUUUAUUAACGCGGGGUGACGCGGCGGAGCUAAUCGGCCGCCCGCGGUGAGGAAAUCCACGCUCCCCCUGUUUUGUCGCAUGUUCGGUGACGGCCGCUCAACCGACUCGGUGUGAAGUCUCCGGGGCCGAGGCCUAGGGAGUCUCUCUCUUUUCUUUUUCUUUUUUUCCCGGUUGCGGAUGCUGUUGGAAGAGGCGCCGUCGAUGCUUCACUGAGUUCGGAUGCCCGUUUGGACCGGGUUCGAGCCGAUGAGGCGCUUCACGCUGUGAUCGGAGCGGAAAAGGUCGGGAAACGCUAGCUCGCUGAAGCUAACGGCUAGCUGCCAGCGAGGAAGUGAGGAGCGAAGAAAAAUGACAUCUCGGAGGUGGUUUCAUCCCAACAUCACAGGAGUGGAGGCAGAAAACCUGCUGCUGACCCGCGGGGUGGACGGCAGCUUUUUAGCCCGGCCCAGUAAGAGCAACCCUGGAGACUUCACCCUGUCAGUCCGGCGGAAUGGCGCCGUCACCCACAUCAAGAUCCAGAACACGGGCGACUACUACGACCUGUACGGCGGCGAGAAGUUCGCCACGCUGGCCGAGCUGGUGCAGUACUACAUGGAGCACCACGGCCAGCUGAAGGAGAAGAACGGCGACGUCAUCGAGCUCAAGUACCCCCUCAACUGCGCCGACCCCACCUCGGAGAGGUGGUUCCACGGCCACCUGUCGGGACGGGAGGCGGAGAAGCUGCUGACGGAGAAGGGCAAGAACGGCAGCUUCCUGGUGCGGGAGAGCCAGAGCCACCCGGGGGACUUCGUCCUGUCGGUGCGCACCGGAGACGACAAGACGGACAGCAACGACGGCAAGCCCAAAGUCACCCACGUCAUGAUCCGCUGCCAGCCCGACCUGAAGUACGACGUGGGCGGAGGAGAGAAGUUCGACUCCCUCACGGACCUGGUGGAGCACUACAAGAAGAACCCCAUGGUGGAGACGCUGGGCACCGUGCUGCAGCUCAAGCAGCCCCUCAACACCACCCGGAUCAACGCGGCCGAGAUCGAGAGUCGGGUCCGCGAGCUGAGCAAGCUGGCCGAGGCCACGGACAAGGUGAAGCAGGGCUUCUGGGAGGAGUUCGAGACUCUCCAGCAGCAGGAGUGUAAACUGCUGUACAGCCGUAAGGAAGGCCAGCGGAUAGAGAACAAGAACAAGAACCGCUACAAGAACAUCCUGCCCUUCGACCACACGCGUGUGGUUCUGAACGACGGAGACCCGAACGAGCCGGGCUCCGACUACAUCAACGCCAAUAUCAUCAUGGUAAUGUCCACCGUCAUGCCGGAGCUGGACUCGAAGUGUAACAACACGAAGCUGAAGAAGAGCUACAUCGCCACUCAGGGCUGCCUGCAGAACACCAUCAGCGACUUCUGGAGGAUGGUCUUCCAGGAGAACUCCAGGGUCAUCGUCAUGACAACCAAGGAGGUGGAGAGAGGCAAGAGUAAGUGUGUGAAGUACUGGCCCGACAUGUCGGCCCUGAAGGAAUACGGAGCGAUGCGAGUUCGUAACGUCCGAGAGACGGCGGCGCACGACUACACCCUGAGAGAGCUGAAGCUGUCCAAGGUCGGACAGCAGGGAAACACGGAGCGCACGGUGUGGCAGUACCACUUCCGGACCUGGCCGGACCACGGCGUUCCCACCGACCCGGGCGGCGUCCUGGACUUCUUAGAGGAGGUGAACCUGAAGCAGGAGAGCAUCCUGGACGCAGGGCCCAUCGCCGUGCACUGCAGCGCCGGGAUCGGCCGGACGGGAACCUUCAUCGUGAUCGACAUCCUGAUCGACGUGAUCAGGGAGAAAGGCGUGGACUGCGACAUCGACGUGCCGAAGACCAUCCAGAUGGUGCGGUCGCAGCGCUCGGGGAUGGUGCAGACGGAGGCGCAGUACCGCUUCAUCUACAUGGCGGUGCAGCACUACAUCGAGACGCUGCAGCGGCGCAUCGAGGAGGAGCAGAAAAGUAAGAUCAAAGGACGCGAGUACACCAACAUCAAGUACUCGCUGUCGGACCUGACGGGCGGCGAGCAGAGCCCGCUGCCGCCCUGCACGCCCAUCCCCACGCCCACCUGCACAGAGAUGAGGGACGACAGCUCCAGAGUCUAUGAGAACGUGGGACUGAUGCAGCAGCAGAAGAGCUUCAGAUGAGACUGACCUUUGACCCCCGCUGCUCUCUCAGUUCCAGUGUUUAACCGAUGACCUCCGCCUGCCUCUCCGCCCCUCCCGGAUCUCCACCCCUCCAGUUCCUCCUCCAGCCACGCCCCCACGCCGGCGCCGCCGUCGAGACGCCGCGGCGCCAUGUCGGAGGGGAGGGAGGUAACCGAGUGGCGGAAGAUCGUCCUCCAUCAAGAUCCCUUCUUCUAAACCACUGUGACCGUCAGAGGAGCCUGUAUGAGAGGCCUAACGCG